AAAUCGAAAGACACGCAGGAAGUUGCUUUGUGUGAUAAAGUACUCACAACUCGGCUAUCAUUGAUGUUUAGCACAACCCACUCUAAAUUUAAAGACAUAUUUCAGCAGAGGUAAAUUAAGCUUAGUCGAGGUAGGGUACUUAAUCUGUGUGCAGCAAUCGGCACCUACAUUCACCUCAGAAUGAAUGCAAAGUUCUGGCUGACAACCAUGUUUCUGAUGUCCCGGAUUGGUGUACUCAACGCUAACAGCCGAUGUCAUGUAACUGAAAGCUCCAUCAACGGAAUGUACCUAAAAGGUCACGUGUUUAAAAUGUAUCGCGAUCAGUUGCCUAGAGAAUGUUAUUUCCGGUGUGAAGAAGAAGUCACGUGUCAGAGUUACAAUGUCAUCAUUGGUCAAAACAUCUGUGAACUGAACAAUCGUACAAAGGAAGCAAGACCGGAAGAUUUUAUGCCGGAUCAGAGAAGAUUUUACAUGAAGCGUUCUAGCAACAGAGUUCCCCUCGGAUCCAUCAAAGAGCUCCCGGCGAAAACCUGUGGUGAGAUUGAAGCAAGUGAAGGGAACCAGAUAGCUGACGGGAAAUACUGGAUUUACUCUGAAGAAAGUAGCGAGGUCAUCGAGGCCUAUUGUAAAGAGAGCUGGCAAAAGAUAAAUGGCGAAGAAUCCGUCUGCUUUGGAGCCAAAGAUAACCAAUAUGGUUCCUUCAACAUGACAAAGAGUGGACGAGUAAAAACAAUGAAGCUUAUUCACCGGUCAGGGUCGGUGCUCUGCAACAAUUAUUAUAUUCCAUCCUUCUGGGGCUGCACCCACCCAAAUUAUGGAGAAGAUUUGAUGACAAUCAUCACAGAUGCAAAUAAGAAGGCUAUUCUGCCCCCUGCCGAAGACUUGAAAGGUGACACAGUACACCAUUACACUCUUCCUGGAUAUCACCAUAAUUCAACUGAGCUGGUUUUUCGCAACCUCGUCAAUCCAUUGUCUGUCUUGAGCAACCAAGAGAUGCAGAUAUGGUACGGACAGGAUUGGAAGGACUGCUUUGAGAUAAACAACAGCGGUAAAACUUGUGUUGAUGUGUAUGCAUGGUAUGAGUGAGUCUGCCCACUGGAGAUCUUGCCUUCGAUAAUCUUAAAACGUAGAAGAAAAAUAUUAGAAAACACUUUUAGGAAGGCAAACCUGUUUCAAUGUUUAAGGACUGCUAUGUCUUCGUUCUAUACCUGACAGAAAAAAGAAAGACCGUAGGGAUCAGAAUGGUUUAUUAUUAAAAUGUCGCUCGAGAUCACGGAGAAAGGCCUGAUAUUUUUCGGUCAAUUAGUUUUUCUUAGUUUUGCUCAGCAUGGUACACCUUACUAGGUAUUGUUGUACACUUCCUUAGAAUUCAUA